AUGGGCAUUCAAGGUCUCCUCCCUCUGCUCAAGUCAAUCCAUAAACCAUGCCACCUUAAACAACACUUUUCUGGUCAAACUCUGGCUGUUGAUGCAUACGGUUGGCUUCACCGCGGCACCAUCGCCUGUGCCAUUGACCUCGCCCAAGGCAAGCCCACCAGGAAAUGGCUCGACUUUGUCAUGCACCGAGUCCGCAUGCUUCAGCACUUCAAUGUCACUCCGUAUCUUGUCUUUGAUGGCGAUUAUCUGCCCAGCAAAUCCGGAACCGAAAAGGAACGCGCCGCUCGUCGCAGGNAGAGCAAAACCAAAGGUCUCGAGUCUCUGCGUCUAGGCAAGGCUUCCCAGGCUCAAUCCGAGUUGCAANAGAGUAUCGAUGUGACGCCCGAAAUGGCUCGUCAGCUGAUCGACGAACUCAAGAAACUCAGCCUUCCUUACAUCGUUGCUCCGUACGAAGCCGACUCGCAAAUGGUCUACCUGGAACGUUGUGGUCUGGUUCAUGGCAUCAUCUCCGAAGACUCCGACCUUCUGGUCUUUGGCGCUCGCUGUCUGCUCACAAAACUCGACCAAUAUGGAGAGUGCAUUAUGAUUAAGCGAGAUGACUUUACUGCCUGUCGCGAAAUCAGUCUAGUUGGCUGGUCCGACACUGACUUCAGGCUCAUGGCGAUCUUGAACGGAUGCGAUUAUCUUCCCGGUAUCGAGGGAAUGGGUCUCAAAACUGCAUAUCGUAUGAUCCGCAAGCACAAAACGCUUGAACGUAUCAUUCGCUCUGCACAAUUCGAAGGCAAGAUCAAGGUCCCUACAGGUUAUCUUGAGGCCUUUGCUAGCGCAGAAGCCACCUUCCUAUACCAAUGGGUCUACUGUCCCAAAUCUCGCGGUCUGGUCAACUUCAGCGAACCCGCUCCUGAUGUGGAUCUUACUCAGUUCCCUUGUAUCGGCAAGCACGUCGAGGCCGAGAUUGCAUCUGCUGUAGCCGUUGGCGACCUGCAUCCACAUACGAAGCAGCCUCUCUGUCCACCCAAGAUCUUGCGAAAUGCAUUUCAGCCAAGCUCUCGCCAUCGUGCACAGGUUCUUCAAACACCAGAUCUCAAGAAGCACAAGUCGAUUGACAGCUUUUUCAAGCCUCAGCGCACCCCUCUGACAGAGCUUGAUCCAAACAGCUUUACACCCUCGCCUAGUCAGCAGCGUCUUUUACAGCGCAGUCCAGCUUCUUGGUCAGCCGAGGCCCCUCGCCGUCUCUCUCUUCUCUCGCGUGCGGCCUCAACUACACAUGCUUCACAACAGCCACAACGCUCCUCAGCAGAUACGCCUCGAAACAAAUCCAGUUCGCCGAAACGACAACGCUUGUGCUCCGAUGGCUCUUAUGCAUCUCCUCUAUCAACACCGACCGAGCGCAUCGAAUCUGGGACAAGCAAGUUCUUUAAGACCAGCAAGUCGCGCAAGAGUCUUACGCUUGAACGCACAGGUAGUACAUCGAAAGACGAAUUCAAUCUCUGGUCUGACGAUUCAGUCGAACAAGCCAUGAGUCUAUUGCCGGAUACAGCAGAACGACGAAGUCCGGUCAAGUCAGCAAAAAAGCUUUCGAUUUUUCAGGAUGCUGGUAGCCCUGAUGUGACUGGCGAGACUUCCAAACCAACAGUCGAGACACCCUUUACAGCUGGGUUGGCAAACGAGAUACAGUCGUUGAGGACCAGAUUUUCUUAUCAACAUGACGCCUCCGGCGAUGAUAGGACAGAUGCGGCCACUAUAUGUGAGUCGAAGCGAAAAAGAAGCGAGACGGAAGGUGUGGUUCCAUGCUCCUCGCCAGUGACGGAUCGGAAGAGUGUUGAGACUCUGCAUUGCGAAGGUACGAACGAUGAUAUCAACGAGGCCGAUUGGCUUUCUGCAGAAUCUCAACCCCUGAGCCGGGCGUUGGGCGAAAACACACAAUCCAGCGGUUCCAGCAAACCAUGCUUCUCGCAAGGCAGUGAAGACCUUUUGAUACCGGACAGCGAAGGGGAAGAAGAUAAUGAGGAAGAACAAGGUUUACACCGACGGCCCAGCUUUCCUCUGAAUCUUGCGAGAUUUGCAUUCACGGGUUGA